CCAACCUCCAACUACCCACUUUUGCCCGUGUAAACCUUUGUUGCUCAGCCACGUUAUAUCAAAUCUUAACUAGUACUUCCGACCAUUCCAGUUGAUAAUCUUCAUCUCAUCCGCAGCUCAGAAGCAUACCUCAUCCCCUUUCCUCCCCUCGUCUCUCAACUUCUCUCUCACUCACUUCCAGUUAUAGCUUCUGCUCUGCGUUCUGUUUGUAUCUGCAAAGUUUGAGACUUGAUAAUAUGGCUUUCCCCUAUAUCUGUGUUCUUCUUGCCAUGUUUCUUUCCCUUGCAUCUGUCUCUGCCGAGUCAUUGGGCGAUGUAUUGGCUCCUGUUUUCUCUCCAAUCAUUGAUGAGGUUUGCAAAGGCGUAGAAUGUGGUAAAGGGACUUGCAAGCCUUCGAGCAGUAGCACUUUCUUUUUCGAAUGUCAAUGUGAUCCUGGGUGGAAGCAGAUCAUUUCUGAGAAUAGUACUGAUCACUUCAAGUUUCUACCUUGUGUGAUUCCCAAUUGUGACCUGGAUUACUCCUGUGCAGAUGCACCAGCCCCAGUUUCAGAUAAAUCGAACAAGGCCAACACAUCAGUCUUUGAUCCUUGCUAUUGGGUAGAUUGCGGAGGAGGAACUUGCAACAAGAGAUCUAAAUUGGCAUACAAUUGUGAAUGUGGGGAAGGUUAUUAUAAUCUGCUCAAUACAACUACCUUCCCAUGCCUUAAAGAAUGUUCAAUUGGAGUCAAUUGUGCAAACCUUGGGAUUUCACUGGCAAAUAAAUCUACUAGUCCUCCGACACCUGCAAUGGCUGAAAAUGGUAGCUUGACCACACAUGCAAACUCUAUUACAUUGGUGAUCUUGAUAAUGUUUGUUCUGAUGCUUCAUGGGAUAUGAAAUUAGUCAGGUUAGUUAGCUAAUUAAGUUACCAGAUCUAUUUUGUGAUGUGAUCUCUUUCUUUCACAUUGAUACGUUGAAGAGUAGUAUGAUUCUGUUUUUGUAAAUAACUAAGACCUACUGGCUACUGGAAGAUAUAAGAUCAUAUUUGGGCU